GACUCCACUCACUCACUCUCUCUCUGUCUCUAUCUCUCUCUCUAGACUGAAAAUCAAUCUAUUUAUCAAUUGUGUUGUCAGGUGAAGUGCUUAUAUGAUCAAUAUUGGUUACAAUGUGGGCUGAUCUCGGACUAUUAACAGGAAAGAUGAAGAAUAUCACACUAGCUAGCUCCGAAUACGAUUCGGUUGUUAAUAUGAACCUGUUUGUUGCUCUUCUAUGUGGUUGUAUUGUUAUUGGUCAUUAUUUGGAGGAGAGCAGGUGGAUGAAUGAGUCCAUCACUGCUCUUGUAAUUGGUCUAUGCACAGGUUCUUUUAUUUUAUUAACUAGUGGAGGAACAAACUCACAUUUGUUUGUGUUUAGUGAAGAUCUUUUCUUCAUUUAUCUUCUUCCUCCAAUCAUCUUUAAUGCUGGGUUCCAGGUAAAAAAGAAACAUUUUUUUCGCAAUUUCAUGACCAUUGUGCUAUUUGGUGCUGUAGGUACCGCGAUAUCCUUCACCAUCAUAUCAUUUGGUGCUAUACACAUUUUCAAAAGAAUGAAUGUCGGUUCUCUUGACCUCGGAGAUUUUCUUGCAAUAGGAGCAAUCUUUUCGGCAACAGAUUCCGUUUGCACUUUGCAAGUGCUCAAUCAAGACGAGACCCCUUUGUUAUACAGUCUGGUGUUUGGGGAAGGUGUUGUGAAUGAUGCUACAUCGGUUGUUAUUUUCAACGCAGUCCAACAUUUUGAUUUAUCUGGAUUCACAACUAGUGAUGCCUUUAAUUUAGUUGGAAAUUUCUUUUACUUAUUCGUAACAAGCACGUUCCUAGGAGCUUGCGCUGGGCUGCUAAGUGCAUAUGUUAUAAAAAGGCUUUACUUUGGAAGGCAUUCAACGGAUCGGGAAGUUGCUAUCAUGAUUUUAAUGGCUUACCUUUCAUAUAUGUUGGCUGAACUAUUUUAUUUGAGUGGCAUUCUCACAGUGUUCUUCUGUGGGAUCGUGAUGUCGCAUUACACCUGGCAUAACGUCACAGAAAAAUCAAGAGUCACUACCAAGCAUGCUUUUGCGACAUUAUCAUUUAUUUCCGAGCUGUUUAUCUUUCUAUAUGUCGGUAUGGAUGCUUUGGAUAUUGAAAAAUGGAAAUUUGUACAAGACAGCCCCGGAAAAUCAAUUGGCGUGAGCUCCAUUUUAUUAGCGUUGGUUAUGGUUGGAAGAGGAUGCUUUGUCUUCCCAUUAUCGUAUUUAUCCAACUUGACAAAGAAGAACCGAAACGAAAAAAUCACCGGGGCACAACAAGUUUUGAUUUGGUGGGCUGGUCUUAUGAGAGGUGCUGUUUCUAUGGCCCUUGCCUAUAACCAGUUCACAAGGUCAGGUCACACAAAACUACGCGGGAAUGCAAUCAUGAUAACAAGUACCAUCACGGUUGUUCUGUUUAGUACAAUGGUAUUUGGAUUGAUGACAAAGCCUCUAGUGAGACUGUUAUUACCUGCAUCCAAAAACAUGUCCAGAAUGGAUUCCUAUGAGCCAACAAGUCCUAAAUCCUUCAUUGUUCCUCUUUUAGGAAAUGAGCGGGACCCAGAAGCGGAAUCAGGUCAAAACGGGUCAAUGCUCCGCCCAUCAACUCUACGUGUGCUUCUUUCAACACCUUCUCACACGGUUCAUUAUUACUGGAGGAUGUUUGAUGACGCUUUCAUGCGUCCGGUUUUUGGUGGGCGUGGUUUUGUGCCAUAUAUUCCAGGAACACCUACAGAACAAAGUGUUCAUAAUUUGAUCCCCAAAGAAGAUAACAUUUAAAAAAAGGAGACGGUUUUAUACCAUGCCACUGAAAAUUGACGUUUUUAUAGACAAGACGGGGGGCAAUCCGAUACCAUAGUGAGUGUUGCUUUUGGAUUUUUGAUUAAGUUUUUGGUUUUGAUGUAAAUUAUUUGGUUGAAUAUUUGGAUUUGCGGUUUGUUUUUUUGACCGUGAGAACCUGUUACCGGUAAACUCACUGGAUCCCACCAAUACCCUGCUAACCAAUAGGGUCAGGUAAAACGUAGUUUUUGUCGGACGAGGAGCCUUUAAGGGGGUUAAAGGCAGAAAACCAGUGGAAACUGGUUACACGACUAUUUUUUUUCUUUUAGAUAAAUGUAACAAAAAUGGGGGCUUUCGAUAUUGUAUAUUUUGAUUGCAUACAUAUAUGAAGAUUAGAGGUUGUGCUCUA